AUGUCCAUCGACACCAAGCCGCCGAACCCUGACCGGGACGAGAGCGAAGAGUCGACUGGUUCCACCCCGGAGAGGGAGCAGAACCCGUCCAUGACUGCCGGCAGCGGCAGCAACAUCAUCAACGUCUCCCAGGACGGCCAGCAGCCCAAGAGAAAGGGUGGCCGCAAGCCUAUCUAUGCCACUUCUGAAGAGCGCAAACAGCGCAACAGACAGGCGCAAGCUGCCUUCAGAGAGCGCCGCACUGAGUAUAUCAAACAACUCGAGGAAACCAUCCGCGUCCAUGAGUCCAACUUACACAAUCUGCAGGCGGCGCACCGCACUGCCGCUGAAGAAUGCCUGAUGCUGCGAUACAAGAACUCGCUUCUCGAGCGUAUCCUCCUCGAAAAAGGCAUCGAUGUCCAAGCCGAACUCCAAGCCAAAACCGGCAGUCCCAACCUGGCGCCCACUCACAUGCCGCAGAAUCUGGUCCAGCCGCCUCCUCUUCAACGUACCAUGAUGCAUCGACACCACGCGCGCAAGUCUACUUCCAGCAUUGCUCCCAAGACCGAACCCGGCACAGCUCUUCCACCACCUUUGCAGCCUCAUAAAACCGCGCCAUCACCCAAGAAUCGACCAACACCCUCUUCUCAUGCCAAUUCCCCCAAUACGACAGGCUCGGCAUUCUCUCCCGCAGCCUCAGAUACAUUGUCCAUGAGAGGUUCGAUUUCUGGGCUGUCUCGUCAGCAGAUGACACCCAUCUCCAUCACCACCUCUUCGUCGAGGCAGCCACUUGCACAGGCCGGAUCGAGGGCCGCAAUGGGCUCCGGCGCAUCAUUCUAUCCGACACCUUCCUUCCAAAAUCACAUUGAGCAGCUUGAACAAGAAUACGAAGCCGAUAUGGUUGACGAUUCAGAGAUUGAGACUCCAAGCGGUCCCGGCCCAUACCCUGGCGGUUUUAACGGCGAGCAGCAAACGAUGCUUCUCUCUCCAGCUUCCACCGGGCCCGGGCAUCAGGUGACAACUGGCUCUCAGUACCCCUCAAUGUCUCAACUUUUGGACCAAAACGCAGACUGGGGAGAUCCGUUUGGUCUCAGCGCUAGCAUGGCUUUCCCGGCUCAGCCUUUUCCGUUCGACCAGGCACACAUGAGGUGA